CAUUGACCACUUGACGAGAGUGGUCCAAGACUAAACAUCGAACUUUAAGCAAAGUUCUCAUAUUCACUACAUUCAGCCAUGACUAGCUGUCUCAUUCUCUCCCUGCCCCUUGAGAUCCGUCAAAACAUUUAUGACUGGGCAAGUGUGCGCCCCACCGGCUCACAUCUUAUACUGAAAGAGUUUUUUGAGAAAAUUGACACUGACAUCCCCCGUUUACCGCCCACAGAAGUCGUUCUUCCGGUGAGUGGAGUAGCCAUUGUCACAGACGAUCCUCAUCUAGACGAGGCAAAUAUUGGCAACGAGGACGAAGUGGACGAAGACGGCCAGGAGGGGUGGGAAGAUAAUGACGCUCUGAGCGAUUCGAUUGAUGAAGAAGAGAGCUUGCAUGAAGAUGGCGGAGGCAAUGAAACAAACAGUUCUGACGAUGUCAGCGACUUCGAUGACACUGAAGUGCUUCCGUACCCAAAUUCUCGAAGCGACAAUGGACGCAAUACCAAGUAUCGUCACAUCUUACCAAUAUUACAGCUCAGCCAUUGCCCGCCGCCAAUAGGACUUCUUGGGACGUGCAAGCAGAUUCACGACGAGGCACGCAGUUUCUACCGCAAGCGUGCCGUCCUCGUCAUCGAUGUCAACAAGGGCUUCCAACACUUCUCAUUCUUCCAAGAAACAAUCGACUUACUCAUUAGGACUCCUUACUCACCUCUCGAACAAAUUCGUAAAGUCAACCUUGUCAUUACAUGGGACAGCGAAUGGCUGAGAGCGAAAUCGACGCCACCGGAUCAAAAGCUCGAGAGGGACCAAAUGUUUUUUUUCAACUACUACUUUGGCGAACGCAUCCAGCUCAUGAUCAACCUACUUCAGGCAUGCCCUGAGCUCCAAAAUGUCAAGAUUGACUACCAUGACACAGAGGAUACGGAAGCCAGUCGUAGCUUUAUGUUUCAAAAGCUCAUGGAUCUUCAGGUUGCGGUCAUCAGCAAGAAUUCGGUCGACGACAACGGCGACAGGCUGCCUGUUGAGAUUGAACUCAACCAGUAUUUUUCGCAGGCAGGCACAGCACACGCUCGUGAUUCUCUGCUAGCGCUACGCCGCACGGAAUUUGAUCAUUUCCUCCUAAGCGGCUUGAGCAUGCGCUAAUGGAUCGCCUUCUUUAUGAAUGGAUCUUCUGGUUUUCAGACAUGGCUUAGUGCUGGUGGGCGUCUUGACAGUUCAAAAGCUCCUCGAAAAAGGUUUGAACAUGAUUCGGAGAAAAUCUCACUGGAUCGACAUGACGGAAAAGAUUGCUUUUUUAGUAUCCAUACAAAUAUUCACAGCACAGGUCAAAUCGAAAGGUGGCAAACUCUUUUGCAAUUGAAAUGCCUAUCUUGCCGUUUCUCUCACCAUUGUGCAAGCAAUGCACGGGAAUCGAUAUUACAAUAAAGGAUGACGACGGUGAAACUCAAGAGUGAGGU